AUGGAUCGUUGCCGAGUGAACGGCGUGAAACGUCUCGUCUACGCCAGCUCGGUCGGUGUAAUAUUCGCGAACACAGAGCUCUACGACGCUGACGAAGAUACGCCCUAUCCUCAUCCUUCUAAGUUCGCAGAGGCGAACCGAACCGAUUCCCAGCGCGAAAAUUCUGUUCGCUCCUGCGAACCGAUUCCCAACACGAAAAUUCUGUUCGCUCUUGCGAACCGCUUCCUACCGCGAAAAUUCCGUUCGCGCCAAGCAAACGCGCUCGAUUGCGAACCCGCUAAGCUACCCUAUUUUAAAUAUUUUCAGUAUUGUUCCCACUACAGUGCCUCGAAAGCGAUCGCAGAGCAGAGUGUACUCGCGGCCAAUUGUGACCAGUUACGUACGUGUGCCCUCAGAUAUCGUGGUAUCUACGGACCGGCCGAACCGCGAUCGGUCGAAAGAGCCGUCGGAUUCUGCAAUCGCGGUCUGCUAAUGGCCUCAUUCGAGAAGUCUCCUGGAUGUCUAACACAAUACAGUGGUGUUGGCAACAGUGCUAUGGCUAUGCGUUUAGCUGAAGAAGCUCUACGGCAAGGGCGUGCGGCUGGACGAGUCUAUAAUAUUGUCGAUGGUGGACCACCAGUGGGUGCCUUCUCGUUUUGGUUUCCCCUUAUGCAAGCUCUCGGCAAGCCACUUCCCUACAUCAAACUUCCCUAUCAGCUGAUGAUCUGUCUGGCCGUCCUGUUCGAGUACUUGUACCUAUGGCUAGGCAUCGAACCGCUCUUCACUCGGCUCGAGAUCAAUCUGACCGCAAUCACGAACACCUACUCAAUCGAACGUGCACGCAAAGAACUCCACUACGAGCCAAUGCAAAACCACGACUUGACACCAACCAUCCUCUACUAUAACGCCACAAAAAAUAGCUCCACCACCACCAGCAACAGCAACAGCAGCCGAAUCUGCGACAAUCUGAAUCUGAAGAGUGCCGAAAAAUUGCGUUAUUUUUGGCGUUUCCAUAAGAAAGACCGUCGCGGUUACCUACUCGCCAGUGUUGCUAUUCUCUUGUUAUGGUUGUUUAUCAGUUGGCUUCUAUAA